AUGACGACUUCAAAUCCAAGUAAAAGUGAUAUAACGGCCGUUUUCAAACGACUAAAAAGUAUUCCUUCCAACAAGCAAUGUUUUGACUGUGGGGCUAUGAACCCAACGUGGGCCAGUGUCACCUAUGGAGUGUUCCUGUGCAUUGACUGCUCUGCUGUCCAUCGUUCCCUGGGGGUCCACAUCACUUUCAUCAGAUCCAUACAGCUGGACACUAACUGGACAUGGCUGCAGUUGAGGGCCAUGCAGAUUGGAGGAAAUGCCAGCGCUAGGGCCUUCUUUGAACAGCACAACUGCACGACGAAUGACUCGCAGUUAAAGUACAAAAGUCGAGCAGCUCAAUUAUACAGAGAGAAACUUCAUCUUAGUGCAAUGAAAGCUCUCAAACAACACACAAGGGUUCUUCUUUUUAUUUAA